CAUGCAUCCAUGAAGGCCUGCAUCCGCGGAUAUAAAAGCUUAUAAAACGCGAGAGGAAAUGCAGAAAUGUUCGCUGUCUUCGUUUGGUGGAGUUAAGGAGGGGUAGAAGGAGGCACGGAACUCAGAGGAAGAGGAAGAAGAAGAAAAGGAGAAGGAGAUUUGCUGGUAGCGGAAAUGUCUGUAGAAACCAUGGCUUUAGCGAGGAGCGGGCUUGUGAAGGAGGCACAUUUCAGGGGCGUAAGGAAGCGGCCAUGGGGGAGAUUUGCGGCAGAAAUCAGAGAUCCGUGGAAGAAGAGCAGAGUGUGGCUCGGCACUUUUGACACCGCCGAGGAGGCCGCCAGAGCCUACGAUUCCGCCGCUAGAACCCUCCGCGGCCCCAAAGCCAAGACUAAUUUUUCUCUAGAUGAUGGUAAUAAUCACAACCCCGCCGUUCAAUCUUACGGCUGGAACGCUGCUGGAUCGGCGCGGCAACAUCACUGGUCUCAGCACGCUUUGCCUCUGCUGCAUCUUGACUCCCGCCAUCGCUCUCUCAGCGAGAUGGAAUCCAACAAGAGACGCCGAAUGCCCUCGGAAAGCUACGGCCGCUUUGUCCAUUUUGAUUCGGCUGCCGACGAGCAGAAGCCGUUUCCCCUUCCACUUGCUCCUCAAAGAGCACCUCUCUUGCCAGAUCUAAAUCUUUCCCCUGCAGAAAAUGAGGCUGUGGCUUAAUUUUUGCUAGUUUUUUUCUAACACUAGUUUUCUUCGCUGGCCUUUUGUACGCCUAAGGGAAAUUUUAACAUGUACAGAUUUUUGAAAUUAAUUAGAGUCUGCUAGUCUAUUAAAUGCUAAGGUCUUCGAUUAUGAUAUUAUUUAAUCACUGGAUCUGUGUUGCAUUUUAGAUUCAGCGCCGAAUCCUGUAGGAUUAUUAUUAUUAUGUAAGCCUUCGCAGGCCAUCGUUGAGUGA